GCUGUUUGUAUUAGUUGGUAUUUUGGUUGGUAUUUUGGUAUCGUGUAUUGUGUUGGAUUAGAGCAUCUGAGAUUUAUUCUCAGUCUAGAAAUUAUCAUCAGUGAAAGCAGAAAAACGGUUUAAACAUGUCUUUUCGAGGCAGAGGCGGUGGUGGUUUCCGUGGGGGCCGAGGUGGCCGAGGUGGAUUUGGGGGCGGACGAGGCGGAGGCCGUGACAGAUUUCAGCAACAAGGUCCACCAGAGAGAGUAAUUCCAUUUGGAUAUUUCGAUUAUACAUGCCAAGAUGAUUUAGUAGUGAAAGCUGAAAUAGAAGAUGUACCAUUUUUUAAUGCUCCUAUUUACUUGGAAAAUAUGGAACAGAUAGGAAAAAUUGACGAAAUUCUUGGCAACGUUAGGGAUUAUUCUGUUACAGUUCGUUUGUCAGAAAAUAUUUAUAGUUCCAGUUUUCAAAAAAAUCAGAAGUUGUUCAUUGAUCCAGCCAAGCUUUUGCCACUCCAAAGGUUCCUCCCUAAACCUCCAGGUGCUCCUAGCGCAAAAAGGGGCCCAGGAGGAGGUAGGGGAGGCAGAGGUGGUGGCCGUGGUGGUGGUGGUAGAGGAGGCAGAGGAGGUUUUGGAGGCGGCGGUAGAGGUGGUGGCUUUGGAGGCAGAGGGGGCGGUUUUGGAGGCAGAGGGGGUUCUGGUGGAGGACGAGGUGGCAGAGGAGGAUUUGGAGGAGGUGGUGGAAGAGGAGGUUUUGGAGGCGGUGGUAGGGGAGGCUUUGGUGGUGGCAAUAACUGGAAUAGGUCAGCACCGAUGAAGAGGAAAUUCGAAGAAUGAUCAAGAUCAUCAUUGUGUACAGAUGUUUUACUUUGGUACAAGAUACUUGACCUUAAAAUAUGGAUAAUUUGUUAUUCAUAUCAACAUAAUGUUAUGCUGAAAUGUAAUGAAUUUUUUAUUUGAUAAAUAAGAAAAAAACUUGUAAUAAUAAAACAGUGAUCGCCAAUUUUAA